UACUAACUUACGUGAUUUCAGAGCUCUCCAAAAUGGCUCCAGAAGCAGACGACGAUUACCUGCAGCAGGUCAAAAGUUUGAACUAUUAUUACUGUUUGGUGAAACAACAAAUAUUGAUUCACCAGAGCCCUGCAUUGGGAUUAUUUCCUGUCAACACAGAUACGAAGGUCAAAGAGGCAGGGGUCAGAGAGAGUGUAUACUCUGCCAUUGCUGUCUGGGCUCUAGCUCUCGCAUACCGAAAAGUCGAUGAUGAUGAUGGGAGGACAUAUGAAUUGGAGCAAAGUGCAGUAAAAUGUAUGAGAGGUCUGUUGUAUUGCUUUAUGAGGCAGGCUGACAGGGUGGACAAAUUUAAGAAUGUGCAGAGUGAGGAGUUUGCACUGCAUUCCCGCUAUGACCUGAACACAGGAAACACCCUACCAGAUAACUACCACCAUCUCCAGAUUGAUUCUAUCUCACUCUAUCUUCUAUACCUUGUUCAGAUGAUUAAAUCAGGUCUUCAGAUUAUUUACACCCUGGAUGAAGUGAGUUUUGUACAGAAUCUAGUCUUCUACGUGGAGAGAGCAUACAGGACCCCUGACUUUGGGGUAUGGGAGAGAGGAAGCAAGUACAAUACAGGGAAGAAGGAACUUCAUGCAAGUUCUAUUGGUAUGGCCAAGGCAGCAUUGGAGGCGACUAACGGCUUUAAUCUCUUUGGUAAAGAAGGCACAUCUUGGUCCAUCUUGUAUGUUGAUCCUGAUGCCCAUGCCAGGAACAGUACUACUCUGGAGAGUCUCUUGCCCAGGGAGAGCAGUUCAAAGAACACAGAUGCUGCUCUCAUUGCAACUGUCAGCUUUCCAGCAUUUGCCCUGGAUGAUGAAUGCCUGGCAGAAAUCACCAUCGAUAAGAUCAAGCGCAAACUGCAAGGGAAGCACGGCUUCAAGAGAUUUCUCAGGGAUGGCUACGGCACGGUCCUCGAAGACAAGAAUCGAAAGUACUACAAACCCACCGAAGUAAAGUUGUAUGAAUCGAUAGAGUCUGAGUGGCCAUUGUUUUUCAUCUUUAUGAUGUUGGAUGGAUUAGCGAAGAACAAGAGCAACCAGGUCGAGGAAUAUUACAAUCUACUCAAACCUCUUCUCAAACAAACAAAGUAUGGAAUGAUCGUGCCAAAGUACUACUACAUACCUAGGGGGUGUAUAGAAGGAGAGAGAGUGCAGCCGGGUAGCCAGCAGAGGAUCGCCAGCACAGAGGGCGAAGGAAACAAUGUAUUCCUAUGGGGGCAAUCUAUGUACAUCUUAUCAUGUCUUCUAAAGGAAGGGUUGGUGGAGAUGAAUGAGCUAGACCCCGAGGGACGAUAUCUUGGGUCAUCACUCUGCAAACGAUACAGACACAACACAAGGCACUCAGCAUUUGAGAUGACUACAAAAGACAUGACUGUUCAGAUGGUGUUCAUAGCAGAGAGUACUCGUCUUCAAACUACACUGGCUACGUACGGCAUCCAGUCACAAACUCCAACUCAGAUCGAGCCUAUCGAGAUCUGGUCACCGUCUGAACUCAUUAAGGCUCUCGCUUUUCUUGGUCAGAACAAGAAGCUAGGAUUGACGGGGCGGCCAAAUAGACCAAUAGGAAUCAUCGGCACAUCCAAGAUUUACCGUCUCCUUGGCAGAACUGUUAUCUGCUACCCUCUACAGUUUGAUCUUAUGGAUUUCUAUAUGUAUCAGGACAUCAACUUUCUUGUGGAUGAUAUAAAGAGCCUGGUUGCAUUUGUGAGGAAAAGCUGGAACUACGUUGGAAGACCAACACUCUGUCUGGUGAUAAGGGAAGAGCACUUCAUGGGUUCUGAGGGUAAUGCCAUGCUGGAGAUGCUUGCAUCCUUCAAGAGAGGGUCCUGCAACGGAAUCCGAGUCAAGGUGGACAGACUACAAACCCUGAUAGCUUCCUCAUCGGUGGAACACCUAGACUUUCAGAUGCCGGAGGGAAGUGCUGCUAACCUGCUUUUCAAACCUUUAGAGGAACUUAAUGUGGAUCAUCUUCCUUUCAAGGCUCUCAAGAAAGCAUGCUCAUACAGUUCGGUCCUUCAACAAGAAGAGCGCCCUCUGAACAUCAAGGAAUUGGAGGUGAAAUCCACAUGGGAGGUUAUACAAGAGCUAGAGAGCAGGUCAUUGUUGCGAAAUCAGGCGGAGAUUCUUAGCUUGCUGCUAGACAGAGAAGGACCAAACUUUGUCUUUGAUGGAGCAAGUGUUGAUGAACGGAUGUCUAUUGUCUAUCAGAAGGCUCGAAUCAUGAAAGAUUGGUCUACUGUGAGGUAUUGCGCCAGUAUCAUGAGAAAGGUAGUAGACAGUCUCGCUCCGUCAGUCACCUCCAUGCUUGCUAAUGGCAAAUUUAUCACAGUCGGUGUGUUUGGGCAUGAGGAAGAGCUUAUUAGCCGUCCCAUCAACCCCAGCGAGAUCAAGAGCAUCAUCUUUGACCGUUGCCAGCGGUACAACGUCCGAGAGGCCGUCAUGCAGCAAGAGAUGAUCAUUGCUUUGGGCAAGCUCAUCUUCACAAGAAGAGAACUUUUCCAGAGUGUACUCAAGAUACGAGUAGGCUGGUUAUUGCAUGCCAUGAAGUCUGAGCUGGAGAUCACAUGGAAAGAAACAGUGCCUAUUCACAGUCUCUGUCCCUCGCGACUCAAGGAUCUCCUCUGCCAUGUCUUAGAGGUCAAGAUGACCACCCUUAGUAACAGAACCUGGCUCCAGAGACGGCAGUUUAGCGGUGCUCUUAACAGAACCCCUGUCCGCUUCUAUGACAAGGUAUGGAAUAUCUUGGGGAGGACUCCAUCGGGUCUGAGCAUUGCCAACUACUACCUCCCACAGCAACCCACACUGUCUGACAUGACCCAGACAGAUCUGAACUUUGCUCUUCGCAUCGAGGAGAUGUUUGGACGUAUAUCCCAUCCGGAGUAUCGCCAGCUCAUGGUAGAGCUCCUAUCUGUUGUUGCGACGAUCCUUGAGAGAAAUAGAGAACUGCAGUUCCAACACACUGUCAACAUGGAUGCUUACAUCCAUGAAGCAUUUGGUCUGUACAGAGCAGACCAUAUGAAAGGAUCAAACCACAAUCCAGAUGACCUGACUCCGUUCUACAACCUGCCUCUCUCUGGAAAGAAGAGCACCUCCAACUACCUGGCAAGGGUAGUUACAAGUCAUCUUCUGGAUUCUUCAUCAGCCAUCGGAGGAGCGGGUGAAGAUUCUUGUACCGUAUCGUAAAAUCAAGCUACAAUCCAAAUGACCUGACAUUGUUCUACAACCUGCCAAUCUCUUGAAAGAAGAGCACCUCCAUGUAACUGGUGAGAGUUGUUACAAGUAAACUUCUGGACUCUUCAUUGGCUGUUGAAGGAGUGGGUGAAGAAUCUUGUUCUGUAUCCUAAAAUCAAACCAGCAAUCCUGGUGACCUCACCCCGUUCUACAACCUGCUUCUCUCUCAGCUGGAAAGAAGAGCACCGAAGUCAUCUUCUGGAUUCUUCAUCAGCCAUAGGAGGUGUGGAUGAAGAAUCUUGCUGUUUUCCCUCUCUUCAUCAAGUAGUGAAUGAAUUUCACCAUGUAAUCUUGCUCUGCAUCAAAGUAUCUAUCCACACUCCAGAUAACCAGACACUGUUCUACAACACUAUUCUACAACCUCUCUAGGGAAAUAGAGCAACUCCAACUUCCUAGAGGAGUCGGUGGAGAAUCUUGCUCUGUAUCCCCAAACCAAUCCACACUUCAGAAGACUCAACACCGUUCUACAACCUGCCUCUCUCUAGAAAGAAGAGCUCCUCUAACCACCUGACAAUGGUAGUUACAAGUCAUCUCUGGAUUCUUCAUCAGCCAUCAGAAGAAUUUGUGAAGAAUCAUGCUGUGUAUCCUAAAAUCAAUCCACAAUCCGGAUGACCCGACACUGUUUUGCAACCUGUCCCUCUCUGGGAAGUUAAACACUUUUAACUAUCUGGCGAGGAUAGUUACAAAUAGUCUUAUGGAUUCUUCACCAGCCAUUGGAGGAGUUGGUGAACAGUAUUGCUCUGUGUCCUAGAAUCAAUCCACACUUCAGAAGACUCAACACCGUUCUACAACCUGCCUCUCUCUCUCUGGAAAGAGCACCUCCAACUAUCUGGUGAGAGUUGUUGCAAGUCAUCUUUUUGGGGCCAGUCAUUGAAGAGUCUUUGCUCUGUAUCAUAGAAUGCAAUCACUGUUUGAUUUUAUUCUAGAAAUGAUAAUUUUUACAAGUGUGGAUCAUUUUUUUUCGUGGAAUGUUUAAGAUUUUUAGACUCGUAACCUGCCGCUGGAACAUUACGUUUGUUACUGCCAUUUAUCAUGGUGAAUAAUUCAUCCAAGACUGUGUUUGGAGGUGAAGACUAGAUGUAUUUCCUAGAUUUUCCACCAGCUAGUUUACUGUUUUGCUCAACAUAAGGUCUGUCAGAGAUUUGAUGUUUAAAGAGACUAGCUGUCCAAAAUUAGGUCUGGGGUUGGUUUUACCUAUAAUAAAAUCUCUUGUAUAACAUUUAAAACAUGGUCAAUGCAUAACCAAAUAAUCAGUUUUAUGAGGAACAACAUAGUUAAUAGCAUUGUAUUUGCCAAAGAUUAUUUACUAAUGCCUCCUAAUGAUGCAGAAAAUUGUGAAACUAGUGUGAACUACAGAUAUAGUGUCUUUAGUUGGACACCAUGUAGUUACCAAUUAGCAAAAAAAGCAGAACUCAUGUACAAUAUUAUAUUUAUUUAUCAAAGCUGUUAUAUUUACACUGUGUACAUAUAUUUUAAUGUGAAGUGUAACAAAGAGAUGCAAUAUUUAUUUUUUGGUGUUCAUAACUAUUACACAAGACUGUUGUUUCAGUUUAUACAAGGGAAUGUUUCAUAAAAUCAUAUAUGAGUUAUGCAUGACUGAAACAUGUUUUUGGGGAUUCUUGAUCAGUUCGACAAUAACCAAAAGUUCUUGGAUGUAGCUCAUGUCAUUUGUGUGACCAAGAAACUUCUGGAAGCUUGAAGGUAAAAAUAGUAGGUCUAAGUAAUUGGCAAGAGAGACAACAAAAGUAGUUUGAUGAGGGAUUUGAAUUCAGUUCCACUUUUUGAAACACCAGAAAAAAAUUUGAGAUAACUUAUUGAGCAUAAACAGCCUGUUCCAGUCAAGUCAUGCACUGCAAUAUUUCUAUAAAAGAACUCCAGGAUUGUUUUGAAGAAAUGACAUACAGUUUUGACAUCAUGUCAGUUGGUAAUCCUUGAUAGGCUGAUAAAUAUUUAUUAGAAAUGAAACUUUUUGUGCAUUUAUGUUCUGAAAGGUCAGGGCUUUAAUCCUACAAUGUUAUAACAUCAUAUAGUAUUCAUGUCAAAAAAAUAUUUAUAUAAAUUGAAAUAACUUGUUUAUAAUGCC